AUGUCGAGAAAUCGAUUUGGGAAUGGAGGUGAAGUUGUAGUGGAGGUUGGAAGCGAAGAGAUGGAAGAUGGAGCAAAAGGGUCUUGUCCAAAAGGCUUAGAAUCUUCAGCUCCCAAUCAAAUUAGCAAAGUGGACAACCAUGUUGGCUCUUCUUGCCCUGAGAUUACAGGAUCCAGUAACGCUCCCAUCUCUAAUGAAGAGGAGAGUUAUAUAGAGCAUAUUAGUUCCCCCGCUAAAGAGGAGGAGGACGAGGAGAUUGACGAGAAGGUUAACAAACGGAACGAGAAGAUGGUGAUGGAGUAUAUUGUUUUCGGGUGCAGUUUGGGUGUUUUAGUUGCUAGCUUUACUGUCGAGAAACUAGAGAAUCUUAAGCCUUGGGGAUUGGAGAUGUGGAAAUGCUGCGUGCUUGUGAUGCUCAUCUUCUGUGGAAUGCUGGUUACGGAUUGGGCUUUGAGUCUACUAGUUUUUGUGAUUGAGUGGAGCUUACUGAUGAAGAAGAAGGUUCAGAUUUUCCUAUGGUUGGGUACGGUGUUUCUGACAUGGCUAUUCUUCUUCAACUAUAAUCGUGGGACUGAUAGAUCAAAGACUUUCACCAAUAUUUUGGAUCACAUUACAUGGACUCUAGUUUCGCUGCUUAUUGGUGCCUUUUUGUGGAUGUUGUCAACUUUGUUGUUUAAGAUCUUAGCAUCCAAAUUCAUGGCCGACACCUAUUUUUGUAGGAUUCAAGAAAUCUUGUUCCAUCAGCAUGUUAUGGAGACUCUUUCAGGACCUCCGUUAGUAGACGAGGAUGCCAAGAUUAGGAGAUCAAACAGCACCGGGCCUGCAAGUCUCUGGAGGAUAGAGAAUCCAAAGGAGGUCUCAGUUGAGACCAUGGAUACAAUGCUGGUUGUUAGUUCUGGUAAAGGUGAAGGCUAUAUAAGUAAGAGGUACAUCGAGGAGGAAGACAUCAUGAGGUUCAUGCCUCGGAAAGAGGUGGAUCUUCUAUACUCUCUGUCUCUUGGAGGAGCAUUGGAAGCCGGUAAAAUUACAGAAGAAGAUAUACAGACUUGGAUGGUGAAUGUUGACCAGGAUCGCAGAGCAUUAAUCCAUUCUACAAUUAACACCAAAGCAGUUCCAAAGCAAUUAGAGCAAUUUUUUACUAGCGUGGUGAUUGUUAUCACCAUCGUAGUGUGGCUACUAUUGGUGGGAAUUGCAAGCUCAAACCUAGUUGUUUUCCUCUCAACACAGUUCUUAUUGGCAGCUUUUAUGUUUGGAAACACUUGCAAGAAUGUAUUCGAAGCUAUCGUGUUCAUAUUUGUGAUACAUCCAUUCGAUGUUGGUGAUCGCAUUGUCGUUGAUGAUGUUCAGUUGAUGGUUGAGGAGAUGAACGUCUUAACUACCACCUUCUUGAAAUCAAAUAAUGAAAAGGUGUACUACCCAAAUUCAAUUUUGUGCACCAAAACCAUUAGCAAUUAUUACAGAAGUCGAGGAAUGGGAGAUACAGUGGAAUUCUCAAUUGUUUUGACACCAGUGGAGAAGAUAGACAUGCUGAAAAAUAAGAUAAAGGAGUACUUGGAGAGCAAAAUGUUCGGCACGCUAGGAACUAUCAACUAA